AUGCCACCAAAGAGAAAGAAUACUAGAGCCUCCAAAAGAAACCAAAAAGAGGAAGAUCCUCAAGAUCAAUCUCAAGUUGAACUAGAGGAACGUAUAAAGAAGAAGGAAGAACCAGUUGAAGAACCAGAUGAACAACAAGACCAACCACAAGAAGAAGGAUUACCAGAACCAAUUCCAGAGCCAGAACCUGAAGUUAAGGAACCAGAAUCAAAAAAAAGCACAACAAAGUCUGAUCCUAAACCAAUUGCCCAAUCUAGUGCUAGACAAUUACCAAAACCUAGAUCACUUCCAGCGCCAAAUUCUCCUACAAAAAGAGUUUCAUCAGUUUCAUCAAGAAUACCUUCACCUAUCAAGAGAAAUCCAUCAAACAAUAUAUCAAGAUCUAAUGAUUUAGAUCAUAAAAGAACUGAACAAUCUAUAAAUCAAUCAUUCUUAUCUAAAAACAUUCCAAAAUUAAAUUCUAUAAUAGAUGAAUUGAAAACAACAAAAUCUGAACAAUUAUUUGAUGAUUUGAAAAAUUCCACGGAAUUAAGAUUUAAAACUUCAGAUGAUUUAAUUAAUUCAUUAACAUCUCAAAAUCAAUCAUUAUUAACAGAAUUAGAAGAAACUAAAGCAAGACUUAUAGAAUUAGAAACAAAUGGUAAUGGAUCAAAUUCAUCAAAUGAUAAUGAUGAAGAAUCGUAUCAAAAUGAACUGAUUUUAGAUAUGUUGGAACAAAUUGUUGGUUUAAGAAUUCAUAAAGCUGAAGAUACAGAUGAAGCUUUAUCAUUUGAUUGUUCACAAUCUGGUAAAAAUGGAGUAUUAGAUUAUAAAUUAACAAUUUCAAAACAAGAUUCUUCAGAAAUCAUUUAUACACCAAUUAAUGAAGAUGAAUCAAAUCUUUCAAAUGAUUUAAAAGAUUUCUUACCUGAUUAUUUCUUUGACGUUUUAACUUUCCCAAUAGAUACACUGCAACAAUUUUAUCACAAGAUUUACAGAGGUUUAAAUAAAUAA